ACAAAUUCACACUCGAACCACCCACAAUGGUCAAAAGAAAGCGCCCGGAGUUCUCUCCCCCUCCGCCGGAGACCGGACCGAAUCAACGCAAAAGGAUCAUCACGAAAUGGUUCUCCACCACCGCCGAAAGAUCUGUCCUCUCCUCCCUCCGCCUGGCCGCCGGCCUCGAACGCCAGAAAUACAGUCGCCGCCGUAAAAGCGCCCUAUCAAUCCGCGAUGUGAAAACCGUUUCCCGCCUCGAGUCCGAAUAUGCGGCGCUGAAGCGCAUGAGAUUGCACAGGUUGGCGGGGCAGCAUCUACGCAAGACGAUUGCGAAGGUCAAGAGCUUGAGGGAAAGUGAGGCUGUCCCGAACGGCUUGAAGGUGUUUGAUGCAGAGAAAAAGAGUGAGUCGGUGCUGAAUGUGCAAGGGAGGCUACUCAAGGUGCAGGCUGUGCAGAAGGCGGUGGAUGAUGCUAUUGAAAAGUUGAAGGCGCUCGCGGGCGUGAGUGAGGGCAAUGGGAGCGCGAAGAAGCGCCGGAGUGAUGGCGACGAUGAGCCUAAGAUGCAGAAGAAGGCCAAGCUGAAGGAAGAGGCGGACAGUGAGGAUGGAGCGGAGUGUUCCGAUGACGAGAGUAGCGACGUGUUUGCGGCAUUUGAUGCGCGCAUUGCUGCGCCGUCGUCGGCGGAAGAAGACAGCGAAGAUUCACUCUCAGAAGGCGAUCGCCCCUCGAGCGUAGAAAAUAGUGACAACGGUGAGGAGUGGGAUCUUGGCGACGAGGAAAGCGAGGAGGACCUCUCAAACGGCGGGGUUGCUAUCGCCCCGCCGUCUGAGGACGACGAGGACGACGAAGAUACAUUGGAGCGAUCAGAGUCGGAAUCGGAGUCGUUGUCAGAGUCGGACGAAGCGAUAAUACCUAUACCAAAGCCGAAGCGUAAAGCGCAAGAUGUGGAGAAGCCUUCCACAUCCAUAUUUCUCCCAUCCCUGAGUCAUGCGGCCUACUUCUCAGGCUCUGAGUCCGAAGCUUCAGAUCUCGAAGACCUCGCGCCCAGGAAGAACCGAAGAGGUCAGAGAGCACGGCAGCAGAUUUGGGAACAGAAGUACAAAGACAAAGCAAAGCACCUUGCGAAGCAGGAACGGAACAAGGGCUGGGAUCCGAAGAGAGGCGCUGUGAACGAUGAUAAGGGUAGAAAAGGCAAGCGGGCAGGCAAAGGCGGACCGCCGCGCGCGAAAGGAGGGAGAGGUCCAAAAUCGAGCGGUGAGAAUGCGAUACCAUUGGGUGCCAGGAAGACGAAGAGGGAUGAUACGGGUUCACUGCAUCCGAGCUGGCAGGCGGCGAAGGCGGCUAAGGAGAAGAAGGUGGAUAUGACGCCCAAGGGAAAGAAGAUGGUUUUUGAUUGAGCUAGUGCAGGUCAUCAUACCUCCGGGGUGUUCUUAGCCUCGAACAGACGACCGAUAAUCACUUUCUAAGAUUUCGAUUGUUCAACAACAGUACAGAAAUACACGUAUGUUUUGUGAUAAC